GUACUUGAACCAAAACAAUGGAAAGGCGCAGGCAACGCGCAGUGCCCAAGCAGUGCCAUUUGCAUUGGCAUCAAAAUAGUUGGUGAAUGGAUUAUCGUUUGACAUUUUUGAGAUAUGUAUUGUACCUUUGAUUUUGAUUAUUGAUCCUGGAGGCAUAAAUAAGGUUCUACGGGUAUCUAUUUUAGAGCAGGCACACGGCUUGUGAGCGAUCUUGGUUCAAGGUCGAGGGAAAACCAAAAGUUCCUUUGUCUCCAAGGCUUUUGCCUUGCCUGCGCGCCCUAACUCUUCAACAACAACAUCCAAGGCUUUUGCUUUGUAUCAGUUUAGAAACGUUGGAAACAAGCCACAAUGCGUCCGUCGCCCUCUGAGGAGGUGUACUCGGUGCGAUUCAGCCAGGACAGCAGCGCCUUCUGCUGCGCCCUGGCCUCUGGAGUGCGGCAGUACAACCUGGAGCCGCUGGCCGAGCUGGCCGCGCACGGACCGCUCCGGUUCGGCAGCAUCGGCGUCUGCGAGAUGCUAGAUCGGUCGAACCUGCUGGCGGUGGUGGGCGGCGGCGCCACGCCCCGGUUCGCCGACAACACGGUGCUGAUCCAUGACGCGGCCCUGGACCAGUUCGUACUGGAGCUGACCUUUAGCGCCCCGGUGCUGGCCGUCAGGAUGCGCCGCGACCGGCUCAUCGUGGCUCUGAGGCGUCAGGUGCACGUGUUCACGUUCCCGUCUCCGUGCGAGCGUCUGUUCACGGUGGAGACGGCCGACAACCCGCUGGGUCUCUGCGAGGUCAGCCCGCUCUCCACCAGUGACCACCACCUGCUCUGUUUCCCGGCGCGCAAGACGGGCGCCCUGCAGCUGAUUGACCUGUCGGCCACCGAGGCGCAGGUCUCGUGUGCGCCGGUCACCAUUAACGCCCACCAGGGCCACCUGGCUGCGCUGGCCAUCAACCAGCAGGGCAGUCUGGUGGCCACCGCGUCCCGGAAGGGCACGCUGAUCCGCGUCUGGGACGUGUCGCAGCGCUGCCUGGUGGCCGAGCUGCGGCGCGGCUCCGACACGGCCGUCCUCCACUGCAUCGCCUUCAGCGCUGACAGCAUCUACCUGUGCUGCAGCAGCGACAAGGGCACCAUCCACGUGUUCGCCGUGCGCGAUCCGGCGCUGAACCGGCGCUCGGCGCUCAGCCGUGUCGGCCUGCGCGGCCGCUACCUGGAGUCGCAGUGGGCGCUGGCCACCUGCACAGUGCCCGCCGAGCGGCCGUGCGCCUGCGCGUUCGGCGCCGCCGGCACGGUGUACGCCGUCUGCCUGGACGGCACUUUCCACAAGUACGUGUUCACGGCGGACGGCAGCUGUAACCGGGAGGCCUACGACGUGUAUCUGGAUGUGUGUGGCAAAAAUGACUUCUGAGGGAUGACAAGAAAGAGAAGAAUUCGGAUCGUAUGUGGGUUGGGUGAGGCUUAUAUCGUGUACCUACACUGCGAAGACAAUAGUGGAAAGUGCAAAAAUACCCCAUCCUGUACUAAGUGUGGUGAGUAUGUUGAAGAUAAAGUGUUUAGUGAAGAACACCCUAUAUUUGAGCACUGUGGAAUGGGGCUGGAACAUGCAUAGUGUGGUAAAGUGCUCAGUGAAACUGCAGCAAGGACCAGGCCGGCUCGCCUGUUGCACGAAGAGAGUGUUGAAUACGCUACCAUCAGAGGACAUUUUACGAUCGAAUGGUCUUUCGCGAAUGUCUGCCAGUUGUAAGUACGUUGGCUGUGUGCUUUAACCGUGUGGCAGGAUUUUGUCACUGCCAGCUAGGUGGGAAUUUUAGGCAACUGGGCUGGUCAGGCGGAUUCGAUCGGGGCUGAAUGCUGAUAGCGUGGUGAGUAGGUAAUGAACAAUUUGGCACACAUGCUGAUUGGUGUGCUUCGAGUGUUAGAUAUGUGGGUAUAACUGUGGAAUUAUUCCAGGGAACAGUGCGAAUUUGCGAGUCUUUCCGGUUUUGUGUGAGCCCCCUGAUCUUAUGACGUAUGUGGAGGUGGUAUCACGCGUUUACAUGCACACUGCCUGCAAUAAGAUGGCUUUCGUCGUUUCGUCAUUUCGACUAGCAUAGCUUGUGUGAAAGUUGUCCUCGUAUGAGCAUUCAUAUAUCUAUUGUUUCGCUUUCGCACGCAAGUUUAACCAGCUAUAGGUUAGUUGUUUAGUUUGUGGUGAGUUCUAGUCGAAAUGCCACACUCGAUUCAGUUGUUUGAUUCAGUCCUGUUGUAUAGUCACUGUUCCAUCGAAUGGGCGAACAGGAAAUACCCACACCGGAGAGUUCCGGUUUUAUUUGUGAAACAAUUACACGCCGGUCCGGCAUGGUACUUUGUAAGGAAUGCGCCGUAUUAUAGUUGUAGGGUAUUUUUGCGUAUAUCAUAAGCAAGCCUAUCAUCGUAUUUUUGUCGUCGCCUGCGCUAAAAAUAAAACAUCCGGAUGUAUUUUGA